AUGGACUUCUCCGUCAAGCUCAACCAGCAGCUCUUGGAGCUGAUCAUCAACGACAAGUCGGGAAUGGCAGCCGUCGAGAAGGCCAAUGCUUUCUAUGAGAACUGCAAAGCGCUUCGUGCCGAGAACUUCAACGCCGAUCUGCAGAAUUACGUCAAAAAGUUGGGCGAGCUCGACGCCAUCAAGGAGUAUUAUGGGUACAAUAAUAACGCGCUGGAUAAGAAGAAAAUCGAUGGAUUCUACGAGACGCUCCCGGUACCCGACGAAUGGACCCUGAUCACCAUGAUGCAAUUCGAAGAACGGGCAGCCUGGUUCGUCCAACAUAUGGAUUUGAUGGGGGAGCCGGCGCUCGAGCCGGCCAUGCCGUUAAGGGCGUUUAAUGGGGGCAACAAGUUGAUUGCCAUCAGCCUCGGCAUGAUCGCCGCCCCGUUCUACAACCCGAAUUGGCCGCUCGAGUUCCACUACGCGGGCAUCGGACAAAUAAUCGCACACGAGCUGACGCACUCUUUCGAUGAGCAAGUUUUCUCAGAACGCGCGGAAUUCUCAGCCGAGGUC